GCUCCCUCACCUAAGGCAGAGGCCACCUCCGCUGGCAUGAGCCGGAGUCCCUGCAGCUUCUGCUCACGUCCAUCCUCGUGCUCCUGCCGCUGCAGCCCUCUGACAGCCGCCGGGCGCCCGCGCCCCUCGGACAGUUAUAAAGAAGAAAAUACCGCUCUGUCUAUCAAAAUGAAGUGUGAUUUUAAUUGUGACCAUGUUCAUUCUGGACUGAAACUAGUAAAGCCUGAUGAUGGUAGAAGACUGGGUUCCUGCACUCCUGCAUAUUUGGAAGUUUCUUGUAAAGACUGCAAUAAAGACUAUGAAAGGUUAUCCUAUAUCGCAUCACCAAUCAUGAGCCCCACAACUGUAGAACUUGAAACUGAAAGCAAGCCUUUGCAUAACAAGGAAAAUCAACAUGUGCAACAGAUACUUGAUAGUCCAAAUGAAAUACAACUAGAGACCAGUAGACUUUAUGAAGACAGUGGCUAUUCCUCAUUUUCUCAACAAAGUGGCCUCAGUGAACACGAGGAGGGUAGCUUUCCCCUGGAGGAAAAUGUAAGUGACAGUCCACAGUCCUGCCUGCUACAGACACAAAGCCCAGACCAAUAUCCCAACAAAAGCUUAAUGCCAGUUCUUCAUUUUGAAAAAGUUGUUUGUUCGACAUUAAAAAAGAAUGCCAAGCGAAAUCCUAAAGUAGAUCGGGAAAUACUAAAGAAAAUUCUAUCCAGUGGAAAUUUUAGACUACAGAAUAUAAUUGGCAGGAAAAUGGGCCUAGAAUAUGUAGAUAUUCUCAGUGAACUCUUUCGAAGAGGACUCAAACUUCUUCUAGCGGAUAUUUUAGCACAGCUCAGUGGUAUGGACUUAAUCAAUGUAGCUAAAGUGAGUACAACUUGGAAGAAGAUUCUAGAAGAUGAUAAGGAGGCAUUCCAAUUGUACAAUAAAGCAAUGCAAAGAGUUUCUGGAAACGCUAUUAAAUUUUCACCACAUGCUUCGACCAGGGAGCAUACUAUGUUCAGAACACCGUUAGCUUCUGUUCAAAAAUCAGCAGCCCAGACUGUCCAGAAAAAAGAUACUCGAAUGAAGUUAUCCAAUCGAGGUGAUCAGGAAGGUUCUACUUAUAGCCGACACAGUGAGUUCUCUGAGGUUGCAAAGACUUUGAAAAAUAGUGAAAGUCUCAAAGCCUGUGUUCGCUGUAAUUCACCUGCAAAAUACGAUAGCUACCUACAACGGGCCACCUGCAAACGAGAAAGCUGUGGAUUUGAUUAUUGUACAAGAUGUCUCUGUGAUUAUCAUACUACCAAAAACUGUUCAAAUGGCAAACCUCUAAAAGCAAGUUGUAAAAUGGCACCUCUACCUGGUACUAAAAAGAGCAAAAAGAAUUUACGAAGAUUGUAA